CGGCGCCCGCGGGAGUCGCAGCCACGCCUCGCCAGCCGCCUGGGCGAGAUCCUCAUCCUGUGCUACAGCGACAUCUUCCAGAACACAGACGACGACGGGGAUGACCUCAGUGACAGCGUGAGCAGCCCGAGCAGCGUGGGCGAGUGCAUUGGUUCCGCUCGCCGCCCGUGUCCCCGCAGAAGACGGCGCGUCCCAGGGGCACCGCGACCUCCGUGGUGCGACCGCCUCCCCUGAGCCUCCACCAGCCGCCCAUGUCUCCAAGCCCGCCGUCAAGCCGCUUGCGCUCGUGCCCUUGGACCUCGCCUCGCCCGUGACCUUUGACCCUGGCGCCCCCCCGUCGCGCGCCCCCGCCGACCCCCAGUCCGCCAGCGCAGCCUCCGCGGGUCACGAGGACCGGCCGGACGCCUCCGCCGACGACGCCCUCAGGAAGGAGCAGCCGCUCCAGGAGCCGCUCGGCGAGGAGGCCCCCGACGCCUUCCCCGGCAGCCUGCACCGCAAGCGCAAGGAGCACGCCGACGGCAAGGAGGGGGGCGAGCACGACCCCAAGUUUAUCAGGUCAACAAGGGAGGUCGUUGACCACCUUGACAGCAUUCGCCCCAAGGUCACACCAUAUUCCAAGGAGCUUCUGGUGGGUCCAGGGGUGGGGCCGCUGCUGUCGCCCGCCUCGCCAGACGACUCGCUGCCCUCCACGCAAGACGAGGACGAGGAUGCCACGUCGCAGGCGGCGGACCAAGAAGAGGCACCACAGCCACAGCCCACAGGACAGUAGCACUCGCUGCCAGUCUUCGGAGGACGACGAGAGGUCAUCGUCCUACCUGAGGUCGUUGACGUCCGAGGAUGAAGAGCCGACCCGCUACGACCCCGUGCCCUCGGACAUCGUGUCGUGCCAGCCAGCUACCCAGUCCGUCAGGCCCGCGUCGCCAGUCAGUCGCGAGCCAUCGCUGGGCUUGAGCGAGCUGCUGAACGCCGGCGAGCCCGUGACGAGCGACCGCGGCUCGUGGGGCAUGCGCGAGGCCUCCCACUGCGACUCGUGGCACCGCACUGCGCCCCGCUACAGCCGCUUCGACGACGAGAGCACAAUGCAGAGCAGCUGGUAUCGCAGCGACGAGGACGACAUCAUCCUGUCGCCGCGCGCCUCGGAGGCGUUCAAGGACGUGGGUCCGGCCAACGGGUCCGAGGACUACAAGACGCCGCCGGGCCAAGGGGCGGUCAAGAUCCUCAUGAAGAACAUCAACUCCAUCAAGAAGAAGAUCAAGCGCUACGAGGAGGAGUUCGAGUCGGCCUUCGGCUACCGCCCUUCGCACAGUGAGAAGAUGAAGCACAAAGAGAUCAAGAAGUACAUGAGCGAGCUCAGCAAGGCCCGCAAGGAACUCAAACAGAUGAAGGACGACGUCGCUGGCAUGAUGUCGGUGCCAACGGUGUUCCCCCUGUCGCUGCUUCGGUGCCAGGAGUCGACCAACCCCAACGCCAGGCCCAAGAACACCUCCGGCACGGCAGACACCAUCCGCCAGGUGGAGGACAGACUGCGGGAGAAGAGGUCGGCCUCGGGACGCCCCAUGGAACUCACCAACAUGAACAAGACGGAGAUGCAGGAGGAGAAGACCGCCCUGCAGAAGGCGCUCCUGUACUAUGAGUCGGUUCACGGACGACCCACCACGAGAGAGGACAGAGACCUAGCACGACCCCUGUACGACAGAUACCGCCAAGUCAAGAGGAUUGUCAUGAGAUCUAGUUCGAGAGCCAAGGAGAACAUGGUGGAGCUGGCCCCGAUCCUGGAGCACGAAGCGAUGGACUUCACGCUGGCCUCGCCACAACACCGGGGGUCGCUGCAAGGCGACGAAAUCGAGAAGAUCUCCCUGCCGCCUUCCCCGCCCUCCACCCCGCCCGUCUUCGACUCCCCGGUCUUCGAGGCGCCAGGACACCCGGCGUGGCGUGCCUCUCGGGGACCUGCACGCGCUGCCCCUGAGCGAGCUGCGGGAGAGGAAGAAGGAGGCGCGCGACGAGAAGAAGAAGCUUCGGCGGGCACUGCGCGAGUUCGAGGAGAACUUCGAGAGGGACAUGGGGAGGAAGGUCCAGAAGGAAGACCGGGGCCCCAUGGAGCAGACUUACCUGGAUUACAAGCACGCAAAAGCGAAGUUGAGGCUGCUUGAGGCACUUUUGUCCAAACACGAGCCUCACAAGGUUUGAGUAUUUUUACAUUCAACUACCCUAGGAUAAGUGCUGAUAGAAGAGCUUAUUUUUGGGGGAAAGCAGAAGUUUGUAAUGUGCUUACAUUAUAUUAAAAGCAGUAAAUGUUUACUGUAAGUGGAUUAGGACGAAGUAGGCUCAGCUGUAUUUGGCGUCGCUCGAAAGGAUCGUCGAGUGAUGCAACUCGUUUACAGAUUGUCUAUUUUCUGUACUAGCAGAAGAGCGAGGUUUAUGGAGGACACAAGGGAAGGACGUCCCAGUCCAUGUUCCGUGCUCUGUUCGACAGGCACUGAUUAUGCAUGAACUGUGAUACAGAUAGUUGUCAAAGUUCCCAAUAUGGUUUAAAGAUUAAUUAAGGUAGAAAAUCCCUUGUUUUGAAUCUUCAUUACUAACAGUAGGUUUAAUAGUGUCUCCCAUUUCUUUUGUCUAAAUCUGCACUUUUGGAAUUAUUUUUUUCGUUAUUCAGAUUGUAGGACAUAUGAGAUUGGGAUACUUAUUUAGUUGGAAGAUGUGGAUAGCAUCUUGCAUAUUGUACCACAGAAUUUCUAAUGCAUUGAAGCUUCCAAAUAUGCUUUCUCCUUAUAAAAUCAGAACUGUGCUAAGUGUGAGGUACCUGAAUGUAGCGUUAAGGUACAGGAGCUGUGUGGACGUCUAGGGGCACGAUGACUUGGAUAAUGUGGCGAGGUUGGGGUUUCAGUUUUUUCUCUCUUACACCCUUGUUCUUGGUUCGCAGCCGUUGGGGGAGAUUCGCGUGUUAUUUGUCUUAGAAGAGGACAAGAAAAAUGAAUUUAACAAAAGGAUUCAGAUAUAUCAUUUCAUGCUUUUCGGGAGAAAUGAAUGGUCAUUUCAAUUUAAAAAAAAAAGAGAGAAAAAAACGUGUUGAGUUCUUUGGGAUGGUGUUCCUUGUUUCCUCAUUUUGCGAAUAGGAAUUUUUGUGUAAUGUGGAAAACGUCUUUCCUACGACAGAUGAACUGUGUAAAGGGUAUAAAAUGACACAGGUUUAAUAGAGGAUGGGUUUAUUUUUGGUCUGCUUGUCACAUGAUGAUUUACAAGUAUAUCCUAGACAAAAGAAUGUUGUGGUAUGCAUUUACUGUUUGUAAGUGUAUGAAGAAUAUGACUACUUAUCACUGUUGGAUGUAGGAGAUUUGUAGCCUAUUUUGUAUGUGUUACCAUUCCACAGUGGUUACCCUACAUAAAUAAUAUAUGGCAGCUUGUAUGCUGCAUCUUCAGUGUACUUAGUUGUUAAAACACACAAAUCUCUAGUGUAUUGUUAGCAAGAUGCAUUUGGACAUUGUUGUCAAGACUGCAGAUUUUUUUCAUAUAUAUUGUUUGAAAAGCAGGUUUGUUGUGGAUGCAAUUGCAUUUUGUAUCUAUAAUUAAGAAGGCGUGUUUAGAUCGUCAAGUUCUCCUGCAUGUACGAGCUAGCAGUGAUUUCCAGAAAACUUACUGAAGCCUGAAUAAUGUAUGUGCUCAUCCAAAAAAGUCUUCAUAUUAAAGCUUGGAAUUACUAUCUGAUAAAUGUAACAAGUAAGUGUAGUUUAAUGUUUGCUUUUUACAGUUAUAUCCAUGCAAAUGCAUUCACUGUUAUUUGAAGAGUGGAGUUUUAUAACAGGCUGUAGGGUAUAGUCAGUGCAUUCACAAGUAGGGUUAAAAAAAUGACCAGUGAUGAUACAAUAUUGAAGUGUUCUUGCCUCUGUAGUUCAUUGCAGCUUCAAACUGUCUGUUGUUACUUUGUAAUGCUCUAGAUUAUGAAGUAAAAAUGAUAUGGUCUUGUACCUGUUAGGAUAUUCAGACAAGAUUACUAGAGAAAUUGAUAUUAUCCUAUGUGAAAAUGAGAUAUUGAUUGUAGUGGUUGUUUGCUCAAAGCAAGGAAGAAAAAAUAACAAAAAGAAAAUGUUUUCUUCACCCAUUGAUCAUGCAUGUCUCUGCAAAAUGAUCAUAUGAAGUCUGACCUUCAUUCUUACUGCCAAAAAAAGGAGAAGGAAAGAAAAAAAAGGAUGCAAAUGAUGAAUAAAUAUUUGACUUUACAAACAA